AUGAUAGAGGAGGAUUCAACAAGCAAAAACCUCUACCUCAGUGAGGAAAUUAAGUAGGCCAUAAUUAUUUCUAUCAAAUAUUUAACUUUGACAUAUAAUGGGAUAGUUAAUAAUUUUAAUAAUUUAGCAAAAAAAGAUACUGUUUCUAAGAUAUAUUACUAAUAUCUUACCAAAAGUAAUGUUCAAAAUAACCAUUAAUUUAAGGGUAGAGAUAGCAUUAUGUAUGAUGAAGCAUAAGAAUAGAGUAUCAUAUUUUCUGAUGAAGGCUUAUUAUAAGUCAAUGAUCUCGAAAUCUGGUAUAGUGAAUCAGAGAAAUUGUUUGAAAAGGGAAAGUAAAUUAUCAUACAAAGGUUUAUUGAUGAUAAUUCAGUUGAUAGUUAAGCAUAUAUCAAGUGCUUAGAGACAAUCUUAUUACCAAAGGUAAAUUCAGUUUACAAUAGAAAAAAGUGGAUGUUACUCCAAGAUGGUGUUAGUAGUUAUACAUCUAAAUUGACCUAAAUGUGGUGUAAAGAAAAAAAAAUAGAGAUUUAAUAAAACUCUCCUUGGAGUCCAAAUACUAAUUAAUCUAAUUAGUCUGGAAAAGGAUGA